AUGGAAUAAACUUCAUUGGAUUUUAACAUAGAUAUAUAGCCUAAAAGAAUUACAGACCAUAUAGAGCCUGAUGUGGAUCUUACUGUUGACAAAUAUGAUUCAGUUUAUCAAAAUAACCAAUAGGAAGAAGAGAUAGAAGCAGCUAAUAAAGAUCUUUUAGUGCAAUAGUAUGAUAUAACUGAAGCAGCUCAUCCUUUUCUUUGUGUUGCUGCAGUAAUACUUACUGGAUUGCCAGGAUUGUGUUUUAUUGUUUUGUAGGAUAUGUCUAAUACAUAUAUGUUUGUUGGAUUAUUACAAUUGGUGUAGUUUAUUUUGAUGAAGAAUUAUUUUGGAUUGAAAUUGGUUGGGUUGUGUUGGUGGCUUGAGGUCAAAGGUAAGAAAUGGAGUGUCUAAACUUAAUCAUAAGAGCAAUCGAAUUAAGUCGAUUAAUAUUUUUUUUGGGCAUGUCUUGUUUAUGGAACUAUUUUUUGGGGAAUAAUGUGUUUAGGAGACUUAAUUGGAUUCAAAGCAAUUUGGUUGCCUUUACCAAUUAUGUGUCUUUUAUUAACUGCAACAAAUUUCCAAGGAUUUUACAAAUGCAGAGGGGAUCAUAAGAAAAAAUUAUAGCAAUUAAAAAGGGAAAUGGCCAAGAGUGGUUUGAAUAUAGUGGGAAUGAUUAUGAAAUGA